AACCGGGCCUGACCUGCCAGCCAGCCAGUCACGGAGUCUCAGUCAACCUUCGGACAUCGUCGCGUUUGCAGCCCUGCCUUUUUGCGGCUAUUCCUAAAGGCGCAGUAUUGCUGUUGUUGUCUCUGGGUUGAGCCGAGUUUGAAGUCAGUUUCACUUUGGAGAGUGCUCCGUCAAGGUCUUGUUGGCCCCGGGUCUUUCGAAUUUUGCAGUGCGCGGAGAGCUGUGGAGAGUUUUUCGAGUUGACAGCGCGCUUGUAUUGUGCGUUUCGAUCGAGCUGAGAAGUUAAUCGCGAUAAGCGUCGGCCGAGGUCAAAGGUUUUGUUUUGAAUCCGCGGCGGUCCAAGUAGUGAGAGUGGGCAAGAGUACACGAGUGGUGGUCAUCGGAAAGUGAGAGUUUUCAGCGAGUGAAAGAGCAAGCGCGUCCAAAAAGCGUCCAGACAAGAUGAGCAGCGGAGGAGUCGACGAGAUUCUCAGCUUCAAGCGCAACCCGGACGAGGACUUCUACGGGAUGCUGAAAUGCGACGAGAACUCGACGGUCGAGCAAAUCCAGGCCGAGUACAAGGUGCUGGCGCUGCAGUACCACCCGGAUAAGAACGCCGGGGACAAGGACGCCGAGGCCAUGUUCCAGAAGUUAAAGGAGGCCAAGGAGAUCCUGUGCGACCCGGAGAAGCGCGCCAACUACGACAAGUGGCGCGGCAGCGGCAUCCAGGUCAGCUACCGCAACUGGGUCGGCAUGAAGGAGCACGUCCAGCAGAGCAUGCACUGGGCCACCCCCAAGACCAAGGACCGCAUGCUGCCGGAAGCCGGAGCUGGGGCAGGGUCGGCGGCGGCCAGUGGUCUCAGCGCCACCGCGCCCAAUCCGGCCCACAGGCGCGCCUCGGAGGGCGGGGCCGCCCUGUACUACGGCGGCCGGAAGGGCGAGUGGGGCUCGGAAAACCCGAGCGAGGUGGUCAACAAGUUCCGCAACUAUGAGAUCUAAGCAGGCGGCGGGGUUAUGUUUUUGUUUUGAUUCUUUUCGUUUGACAGUUUUGAAUUCUUGAGGUGAAGCGCCCUCGAGGGCGACCGCCCUCGGAACCGGUUUGACACUUGGCAGGCCGAAAACAUCCUUGUGCUCCUUUUUACCGCGGUUUCGGGUUCGUCGGUUCCGGAGGUGGUCGAACAAAGGUGGCGUCUUUUAGAUUUUAUUUACUUUUUAGUUAUAUUUUAACGUGUAACAGUAUUGUGCUUCGUUUUGUUGUGCUUACUUUUUACAGUGUAAUUUUUUAUUGUUUUAUCAACUACUUUACCCGGCUACUAGAUACGGGUCACACUGAGUCAAAAUGAAACAAGAAAAUUAUAAGAAAAUCAAAUUUAUUAUCAAAACAAAUUUUUCCAAUGUGUAGCCAAUAAUAUAUAAUUGUUGUUUGAUGAAUCCAUCGUGUCACGUUGUUUAUUAAGCAUUGUAAGGAAAUUAAUUAGCAAUGUUAACAUUACUUACAGAAAAAAAAAACAAAACAUGAAAUGAAUCUGUGUUGAUUGACAAAUGUAUGUGAACCCAAACUAGUUGUAUUGAUAGCUAUAUAUAUUUAAAUGAGAAACAUACACAGCAAAGCAAACAAGUAUUUCAUGUAGUCAAUUUUCGUUGUAGCAGAGUGCUAAACAUCAGAGAGAAGAAUAGAUUCACACACAAAAGAGUAAUAAUUUCCAUAUAAAAAGUGAGAAAAAAACGAACGAAAAGAAGAUCGCGAUAUUCUUCCUUCUUAGAGCGAUGACGAUGAUGACAAAAAAACAACAACAAAUCAAUGUAGUGUUUGUGAACUUUUGUAUUGCGAUGAAAGUCGAUCAUAAAAAAGCAAACAAACAAAAAAAUAUUAUUAUUAUAUACUGUACUAGUGUUGAUGAGAAAAUGUUUUCCUCACCCAAGAACUGCUGUUUUUUGAUAUCGUAGUCUAUUUUUCCAAAAAAAAAAA